AUGGCAGGUCAUAGAUCCAAGUCGGAGAAGCAGCAGGUUGAAAAGCAAUGUGCACACUUUUACGCUGUCACAAUAACAGAAGAGGAAAUAAGUUCUGGAUUGAUCUUCAGAGUAGAAUCAUCUAGCAGAAGCAAGUUCAACUUGCUGUUCUUUGAUCAAGAAGUCGAUGGAGGAUUGAGCUUAGCCAUGCAGGAGGAUAGUAGAAGAAGUAGCAAGAUAACAUGUGCUGGAAUGUACUUCCUCGGUUUCCCUGUCUACUCUCUGGAUCACACAAUUACUUCGAUGGCUCAGGAAAAGAAUCCAGAAACUGCCUUGUUUAAAAGUUUUGAUGGGUUUCAGCAGUGUGAAGUUACUGAGCUAAAGGCUGGCACUCAUAUAUUUGCUAUCUAUGGUGAUAACUUUUUCAAAAGUGUGAAUUACACAAUCCAAGUUCUUUGUGCUGCCAAUUUUACUCAAGAGAAAGAAGAUCUUAGAUCUGUAGAAGCUCAGAUACUGAAUAAAAGAGCAGAGCUUGCAAAGUUUGAGACAGAGUACAGGGAAGUACUUGUGCAGUUCACGGAUAUGACAAAUAGAUACGCUCAAGAAAUGCUAUUGAUUGAUGAGCUUCUGAAGCAGAGAAAUGAAAUUCACUCAGCUUAUACAACGGUUCCAUUGAUAGAACGAAGUUCAAACAAGAACAGACUGAGAAAGAGCUUGUUCAAAAAGGCAGUGGCUGAGGCACCUGCACCAAUUGAUCGGGAAGACGAAGAAGAGGAAAAAGAAGAAAGCAGCAGACAGAGGAACAAGAAACCAAAUACUUGUGAUGAUGAGUCUGAGACACUUAAGAAGAAAACCAGAUGGUACCAUUUACAUUUGAAGUUGGACAAGAAGAAACCUUGUUAAGUCUUUUGUAAAUCAUUUGAUAUUUUCUCAUUUAACUCUAUCAUUAUAGUAUUGUAAAUCUAACUAUUUGUUUUUAUAAUUAUUAUUUGAGAAAAAUUAUCUUGAUCAAAUCUUGUCAACUGACCACGGCAUAUUAUCCUCUAUGGUUUGUACUUUGUAUGCAUACAUACACUAAAACGUUGUUUUCUUCUCCAAGUUCAACUACAUCUUGAAAACCACCGUCUCAAAGAAGAUGCGGCCUUUGAUUGUUAUGAUCCAUCACGAAUUCAAUUAGGUAACAAAUAAAUAGGCCCAGCUUUAGCUACAGCCCACAAGACCUUCUGAUAAAGAGCUUUAAGAAGUAUCCCACAUCGAAAAGCUGAGAAGUUUGGGUACUGGAGUUGUUAGUAUAAAUACACUUCACACUCUUCCUCAAAAAAUAACGCAGCCAUGUGGUGAGCACAAAGCGAACUAUUCUUUCGCCUUUUACUAAAGAAUACCGUGUGUUCUCCAUGCUUAAGUGGCAUACGCCUAUUUUUGGAGGGUUCUACUUUCGAGUGGAUCCCUAACAUUUUUAUAGUCUAAAAUUUAUGUGCAAAGUUAUGUUGGAAGGAUUUUACUCAAGAAAAUAUAACUGUUCUUUUGUACAAUAUGACUUUAGCAAUAAGCAAAAACCUUACUUUAUAAGUAGCUUUGGAAACUAAAUAAAAGCAAUUAAAAAGCCUAUGUUACUUGCUCAACACUAAAUGAUCGGAUAUUAUGUUCUGGUUAGCGUUAUUGUUGUAUUUUUAGUGGGGCGAUUUGGCCGUGUAGGAAAUGAGUGAAGGAGUAAGCUUUGAGUGGUCGCAUAAUUAACGAGUUUGUGGAAGAAAAAUGUUGAGGUAAAAUUUUGAUUCUUUACAAAUUACAGGAAUAUAUCUACUUUGUUUAAGAGAAUUUUUAGUGGAUGAUUUUGUAACAACAAGCCAAGUGUGACUGAAAAAGUAAGUCAAAGAAAUUAAUAUCUAAGUAGCUAUAGCCUCUUGAAGUUGAUUGAUAUGAAACCAGGACCGGCCUUGGGCUAAAGCGGGUAAAACCCAUGUUUUAAACGCCAAAUUAUGAUAUAUAUAUGAGAAAAAGAUCAAAAUAGCACUAAAUCAAGUUUUUGUUCCAAAACUAGCACUCAAUGCCAAAAGUCACAAAAAUAGCACUUAAGGGGUGGGGUUUAGGGUUUAGAAUUUAGGGUUUAGGGUUUAGAGUUUAGGUUUUAGGGUUUAGAGUUGAGAAGUGAGGUUUUGGGGAUAAGAUUUCAAAUUUUGAAAAAUAAAAAAAUUUAAAAUUUUCAAAAGAUAAAAUGCUAUUUUGGUCAUUUUAGUUUUUGAGUGCUAUUUUUGUGAUAUAAACUUAGAAAGGUGAUAUUUUGGAGAUUUGCCCUAUAUAUAUUUAUAGGGCACCAAAUUCUAAAACAUUAUUUGUAAUUUAGUGGUCGACGCUGUCAUUAGGCUAAACGAGGGCACGGUUCAAUAUUCAAGCUUCUCUUUUUAGGGAAAUAUAUUUUAUAUCUGGGUUGGGCUUUAGGCACCCAAAACCAACGGACCGGGCCUGUAUGAAACCAUGGUGAAUUCAUUCAGGUGUUUCGAGCAGCCUUUUGUCGUCGAGUUAACUCGUAAGCAAUUGAUCGAGUUAACUCGUAAGCAAUUGAUCUACUCACACGAAAAUAAGUGUUUUAAACAUCAAACAGAUAUAUUGAACUAUAUUGUUUACGAUGUUAAAACUUAAAGUCACCAAAAAAACAUGUUCAAUACUAGUAUAUGAUUAUUUUACAUAUUCCCUCUGUUCCUUAUAGAUUCAAUUUUUAGAAAAAAAAUUUGUUUCAAAUAGAUACAUUUUUUACAUUUCCAAGAUAUUAAUUAAUGAAAAAUUGUACUUUUCAAAAAAUACAAUUGUGUUUAAUAAAAUUUCAUUGGUUAAAAGUUAUUGGGAAUAAUUAAUUAAGAAAAACAAUGUAUUGGAAAAUAUAAUUUUAAAUGUUUUCUUAAUAAGUGUGAAAAAACUACAAUAUGGAUCUUUUAGGAACGGAGGGAGUAUAUCAUAUGCAUCAUAUGAUGUAUACAUAAAAGAAUGCAGAGAGUCACAUUUCAGUUUUCAUUUAAUUAAUGGGCAGUUAAUAGAAGAUAACUAAUGUGACCAUAAUUCACUCAAAGAAUUUUGACGGUCACAUACACAGUUACGAUGCAUGGCACAGCCACAGAUAAAAAGACCAUUCAUGACGAUUUUCCUUACAACUUUCUACCAAUUCUAGUUAUAUCAUAGAAGUAGAGAGAAAAUGUUUUGGAGAAAUUUGCUUACGAGGGUUUCAAAAUGGUUCGAUUCUGCAAAAAGGAUGGUCAAAGAGUCACUAUCCUCUGCAUAUGCCAAGCUUCGGGCUUUUGUCGCUGCCAUCAUUGCUAAGCUUCGAUAUUUCUUUGUCUCGGCAUUUCUUAAGCUUCGUGGUUUUGUCGCUAAGAUAGUUGCUCGAGUUCACAAUUUCUUUGUUACAAUUAUUGCUAAUAUCCGUAACUUCUUCUCUGUUGUGGGUAAAUUAUAUAACCUCGUUCCGAAGCUGUUCAGCCUAAUAACUGACUUCAAGAAUAUCUUCGAUAGUGGGGUGGCGCUUCGUCUUAAGUUACUUCUUGUCCUCAAAAUAUUUGAUAAAUUGUUUGAUCUUGGACAUAUCUUUGGUGUAAUGCUUCAUCAACACUGAAUAUGUUCUUAUUUUAGUCCACAUGAUUUUUAUUGUCAUAUGUUUUCCUUUCUUAAAAUAAUUAUUUAAGAAAUAAAGCAGCUAUUGUUCUUUUAUGCAUUUACGUAAUAAAAUAUUCAUGGCUUUUAAAGAAAAAAUCAUUCAACUAGUCUGUCUUUCAACUAUUCUUCUUCUGUUCACCUAUAUUUAUACUAAAUUGUUUUCGACUUGAUUUGUCUUUUCUUUCACACCAAGAUUGAAAUAUAUAUAUUGAUUAAAUUAGUCAGAAGAGCCAAACCAAACCAGGUAAAGAUAUUGGUCAGUUAGUCUGACUGAGACGAACACGUUAAUACUAGUAAAUACAAUUGUAUAAAUGUUUCAAUCGUUUUUUUAAAAAAUAUUAGAAAUUUAGAAGUUUAAGCAACUAAGCUAGUAUGGUGGACACUAUUUGACAAACUUAGAAAGAAAGGAAAAAACCGAGAUCUGUUAAUAUUUAUCCAUUAUCUUAAUAGAUGGGCCUAGUAAUAAUAAACCCCCUCAGUGAAACCGUUAUUACCCCACAUCGGAGAACUGAGAGAGUUUCACUGUGAAAUGUUAUGUACAAAUACAUUUAACCCUACAGAGUUCAAAAUCACGCAGCCACGUACAGUUCCCCACAAUCCAACUGUUCUAUACCGGUCCAGCAGCUAUAGUUCUGAAGGAGAAACAUGUUGAUAAUGAAACCCAAAUUAUUACACAGGAACAACCACAACACAAGCAGUCACUACGCAAGCACAAGACAAGAACUCAUGAGCAUACCAUCAUAGGACAUGAACUCAAGAACAGUCCCACAAAGACAAUAUCAGUUAAUUCUUAUGAAACUCUUAUAACCCGAGACUUUCAAGAAAGAGAUCGUUUCUGAACAUCUUCCUUCGUGACUUCACUCAUUGUAAGAAUAUAAGGAGCAUACCAUCAUAGGACAUGAACUCAAGAACAGUACCGCAGAGACAAUAUCAGUUAAUUAAUUAGGAAACUCUUAUGACCCGAGACCUUCAAGAAAGAGAUCGUUUCUGAAUAUCUUCCUUCGUGACUUCACUCAUUGUAAGAAUGAUGGCAACAGUCAACAGAACUUUACUAAAAAAUUCAGUUUAAGUAAAUAGCCAAGAACUCAGAUUCUUCUUACAAAUGUCAGAAAAGUCAUUUACAAAUUUUCCUUUCCCAAGGUUUCAAAAUUUCUAUCAAUGUGACUAAGAAAAAUUACAGAAACUUCAUAUCAUCUUCUUUCCUCAAUAAUAAUUCCAAUUCAGGUUAACCAAUACGAUUCUUAAGGAGAAAAAUUUCCGAAUCUCAGUGUAAAGCUGGAAUAAUGAGAAUAAAUAAUAUUGUUUGUUCUGGUUCUUCUCUGGGAGAUUCUGCAUUGUUUUGCCAUUCACUUUCUGAAGAAAAUCUCUAUGGCACAUCCUGGCUCUUCUAAGGGCCGGCUUAAUACGGGAAGCCAAGUUUGCUUUGUUCAUCUGCAGCAGAGUUAAGAUUCUAUACAAUAAAUAUUCCCACAAUACCAAUAAUAACUUGCAUUAGAAAACUUCAUGUAGUGAUCUUUCCCUCAAGCACAUAGAAACAUACCCUUAGAACAUGACUGAUCUCGAAGGAGAUCAUACAUUUGUUGGUCAUGAGUUGUUUUGCUUGGAAAAGACAAAGGCAAAAGAGAGCCAAACAUACCCUCACUCUUAAGUAUGAGUUCUUCAUCCCAAAAAAAGAGAGAUAUUCUUCGGCGUACGUCCUUAGGCAAUGAGGAACCUUUAUAAAACUUAACAGUUUCUUCUUCUGUGCGUGUUCCCAAAGAAAGAAUAGACAUAACAAAAGAGAUUGUUAAGGCAAAAAAGUUGUAUUCACCUGAUGACCCAACUUGAGCCUGACACUCACUAAGAUCCCUUUAUAAAUUCCAAUAACAUCACCCUUACGGCAACAAAGAAGGCGUAUUUCUCUUUAUCAGCAACAGGAACAACGGUUGACAUAUAUUUGAUUUAGCAGUCUGUAUUUGAUCUCGAGGAAUAGCUAUGAGCCAUAUAGAGUCUAAGUGGACUCACCACCACACUUGCUUGGUUUAGACGGGUUUUGAAGGCAUGUAGAAGCAUUGACUCCAUGGGGAUUUUGGAACUGACGUAGCUAGAUGUAAUCCAAUGAAAUGUAAGAACGCGCAUGAGAGAGAGGUAGUUCAUUAUAGUUUGUUAGUGACUCCCACACACUGAGAUGUUAAGUGCACGCAACUUUAGUUAAUAACUCAAAGAGAGAUGAGAUAUAAAACGAUUAUUUAUGAAAAUCAACAGUUCCUUUCGGGUAUUCACCAGUUUACUGUCUACAGUUAAAAAUGAUAAAAAGAAUUGUUUUGUAUUUGUGCAUGCAAAUGUGCAUAAGGUUUCGUGGUGUAGUUGGUUAUCACGUCAGUCUAACACACUGAAGGUCUCCGGUUCGAACCCGGGCGAAGCCAUUUGUUUAUUUUUUCCUAUCCCAAAAGACUUAAUGGGCCUAUAUUGGGCUCAUUGACAUACUGCAAAUCCAUUAGGCCCUUACGUUAUCAGCCCCCUCCUGCUUUUAAACAACGAUGGAUUCCAUGUCAAUAUUAUAUUAAUUAAUUUCAUCAUUCAUGCGAUCAUACAAACUGAAUUUUCAUCUUCAAAUACGAAGGAUUAAUUUAGAUAGGAUUAAUUUUGUCUUCAACAUGAUCUUUGUUACUCUUAAAACACACAUCAAUUCCACAAAAUUCAUAUCACAUAUAAACAUAUGCUUGCAGUUUUUCUAUAGCAGAGUUUGUUUCUAAAAGAAGUUGGGUUUUGAGUUCAGCAUUCUGAAUAGUUUACAUGUUCCAGUCGAUAAUUAACCUGAGAGACCUGGUAAAAAGCGGCAAGACCGCACUGUCUUGCCAAUAACAGGGUGUCUGCCUGAAUUUCAGAUCCAUGGAAGUCAAGAAAUCUCUAAUCUGCUUAUAAAGAAAAGCAGAUUCUAGGCGCAUACAACAAUUAGUUUAUGUUUGACAAUUUUAACAUAUAUUUUGAAAGUUAAAUAACAGAUAUUUAUUUAGUAAUGGGACUUAAUUCAAUUUGCUAUUUGUAAUGUUUGGAAUUGUGUUAAAGAAAUUAUCGGUUUUUAAUUUCCGGUUGGUAAAUUGAGUGUCGUGAGCAGUUGAUGACAUUUCAGUCACAAUCACUUUCUAUUGGUAAUCAAAUUUGCAUGUGUUUACAUGAUCAUUUCAAGCAACAUAAUGCAAUCAGUUACGUAUGGUAGGGUUUCGAUUAGUUGCUACAUUAAGGAGAUCUAUCAAUUAUGUGUGAAAACUGUAUACACACUUUCAAGUUUCAACGUAAGAAACUGAAACUGAUCCAUCUUGAACACCACCAAACUUUUGGUGGAUCAUGAACGAUUCAGCAAAAGUUCAUGUAUAUAAAAAGAGGUUCAUGUAUAUAACUAUUUAUGGCAAAAAUAUACGGGACUCAUCUUGAGAAAAUUGAAUAACUAACCAAAAACCCAUGUGAAAAUCUUAGGAAUGUCUUACGAGGAACUUUCCUGCGACUGGAUCUCAAACCAAAAAUGGGUCCUAUCUAAGAUUCUUUUUUUUAAAUGUCUAGAAUCUUCCCCAAGGAAAAAACUAAAACUAGUUAGCUCACAAAAAUUUCUGGUGUGUUUUAAAUUUAUAGUCAUUUAAUGGUAAUUAAAUCUAUAUGUAUUCUUUGAUCAAAAAAUAACAAUCUAUCUGUAUUCUUCUAGUUACAGUGUUACUACUUACUACUUUCUAUAUUUUAAUAUAUGUAGUGAUAAAAUCUAAUUUUAGAUAUUAUUUCAAUACCUAUUUCAAUUCAGUUUAAUUUAUAUGGUGACUUCAUUAUUUUGUUAUUUGAAAAAGUAAGAAACAGUGUUAAAUAAUGGAUAUUCAUAUAAGUGCCUAAACUUAGUAGGUUGAUUGAUCUGAAUAUUUUGAUAUAAUUUAUUUCAUGAUACACAUUCGUCAAAACUUUUCUCCGUUCAUUGAAUUUGUAACAACUAUUAAGUAUGGUUCCAAUUAAUUGCUAUGUUAAGCAGAAGAAAAGAGUUAACACUCUUUCUAUAUUCUUCAUUUUUAAGAAAAAACUAUUUUCCGAGUCUCAUGAAGUUGUGAUAUGAACAAAUCCGUUUUAUUGUUAUUGUCAUUUCUAGUUAAGAGACAAAUUAAUGAGCACAAAUUCUCAUCUCCGGUGGAACAUCGCUUUCACUGACGACACAUACAAAAGCAUAUGAUACAUACAUCCCAUUACAAAUGUUAUUUUCGUCAAAAGUAAGUAACAGACUUAUCUUGAUUAGAAAUCAAACAAAACAAACUAAAACCCUAACUUUUUUAGAAAAAAUGUCUGUUACCAUACCACAAGAUAUGUAGUAACAAGUGCCUACUUCAUAAUAUUUAAAAGUUAUAUUAUUUUGUGAAAGAAUAUAUUAUAUAAUUUUAAGAAUCGAUCCAAAUAUAUAAAUUUAUAGGAUAUUUAUAUAUUGAAAUCAAAAAUUGUAAUGUAGGAGUGGUUAGUAAAUAAAUAAAUAAAAAUAUUCUGUAAUUUAACUAUUGCUAAAUUGUAUCCUAGUCUAUUUAGCAGCUAUUAUCAAGUAUAUAUACCAUAAAUAAAUAAAUAAAUAAAAAUAUUCUGUAAUUUAACUAUUGCUAAAUUGUUUUGAUAAAAUAAUAGAUCCCUGGUUAGAAAUAGUCAAUUAACUAUGACGCUAAUGACUUGGAGUGGUUAGUAAAAACUUUUAAAAUUUUUUCACACUGACAUCAGUUAGUCGUUCUUAUAUUGUAAUGUAGUAAAAGAGAAUCAAUUACAGCGUAAAUUACUUCGCUUGGUUAGAUUUAAUUUGACCUGUCUAGUUACCUUAUUUUCCAUGUGCCAAAUGAAUAUUAACUGAAUGUCAGUAAAUAAAAAAUGAUGAAGCCUUUGUUUAUAAAUAGAAAGAUUCGAUAUGGUGAAAAAAGUUAUAUGAGUGGGCAUAGGUUAAAAAACUAGAUGAAGCAAUUUGCAUCGAACGAUCUCACAUAUUCAUCGAGAGUGGAUUAUAAAUUUAUAAUCAAACCCACAAAACAUUUACUUCAUAGUUUCUUCUUAAAGAGAGAGAGAGAUAAUGGCAACGUACAAAUCUUCUGGGAAGCUUGACCUAGAAUCUCCGGCAGUCGAAUUCAUUGAACACUUAACCAGAAAGAAAAAUCAUGUUUCAUUCUUUUUUGCUGCUGUGGACUUGAGGUUCGAAGUCGAGCCGAAGGAUUCGGAGACAAGAGCAGUGACCAUUAGCAUACAUGGGAACCUCACGGAAAGCUACAAAACGGCCAAAGCAACAUUCACCGUCGCUCCUGUGGACGACUUGACAGCUAGCUGCCUGGCGUACACCUUUGAGUUCGAGAAGAUUAGCCAAAACAUCGAAGAUAAAAAGAUCGUUGAAUCUCUGCUAACGUACAUCAGUUUAAGCGAUGUCAGCUACAAGAGGAAAUUUAAGCACAACUCCAUUGACACUGGGUAUCCGGCUGAAAAAUACUUUAAAGAUUUCGUCAACGCAUUUGAAAAUGAUGAUGAGGUGGAUUUGGGUGGUGUCGAUUGGCAGAAAAGGACAUUUACGGUGAGUUUCAUCAGCGCUCCUUCCAUGAUGGAAAAUUUCGAGACGAUCAAAGUAACCAUCACUAUUAUUCAGAAGAAAGAAGGUAGCCGCGUGAAAUGGAGCAUCGAGGUCGAGAAGAUCGAUGAUGACACCCAAGAACCAGACUCGUUCCUCUUCAUAGCCUGUUCUAUCCGUGAGACUAUCCAGAGCAAGUUUCGUAACUAAAUGUAGAAAUCGAAAGGUUCAUCUACAUAUAGGACCGUCUAAAUAAAGUGGCACGUAUAUUUCUAUUUAUAUGUCUACGUUUGCAGUAUACGCAUGAAUUUCUUAUAACAGUUGGUAUUGGGAAUGUAUGGACCUCGUAGUCGUAAUUCUCUAUGAAUAAUAUAUCUAUUUGCAUAUUUGUCCCCAAAAAAAAAAUAUAUAUAUAUUUGCAUAUUAUUGUUGAAUUGAUUAUUAUAAUAUAUCGAAAAGGCUAACUUAACAAUCCACAUUUCGUCACUGAGAUAUAUGCUACUCACACAUUAAUUAAGAUUCUGAAAAUUAUGUAGAAAGAAAUUCUUAAACUAAACUGGCAAAUUAUCGUAUACUGGCAAAUUAAAUUAUACAUACUUUUUAACCAAAGAGACAUUGAUAAUUGGUAGUAGCUAUUAUCCGUAAUCUUUUCAUGAUAAAUUAACAAAUAAUUUUAAAGUUAAGUAAUAGAUAGUUAGUAACAAGUCUUUUAAUUAAAAUUUUUAUUGCUUAAUGUAUGGAAUGGUGUUCAGGGCAUUGGAUAUAUAUUAGGAUUGGCAAGUUGAGUGGCGUUAGCAGUUACUGAUAUUUCCCAUUAGUCACUUUCAAUAUAUCAUCAAAUUCGCAUGUCUUUACAAUAUCAUUUUUAGUAACAAAAUGCAACCAGUUACGUAAGGUUCUAAUUUUGCUACAUUAAGGAGAUGUAAUCAAUUAAGUCUUGAAACUCUAUACAUCUUUUUCAACGUAUGAACCUGCAACUAUUCCAUCUUCAAGAAAAAGAAACUUUUGGUGAAUCAUAAAGUGGAAUAGUUGCAGGUUCAACUCUAAAUUUCCAUUAUAUUAACCUGUAAUUUAGACAAAGGAUCUCCAACACCUGAACAUUCACUAGUCAAACCAUUUAAAGUUCAUAUCCAGACCCGUCCCUUGCUUAAGGCUGGUGAAGCAUAAGCUUUAGGCCACCAAAUAAUAAAAAAAAAAUGAGGCCACAUAGCUUAAGUAUGUUUAGGUUUAGGUCAAGUGACUUGACUUAUUAGUUGUAAACAUCGUUCUUUCUCGUAGGGUAAUAGAGAUUUUAUCACUUUUUUGUUUUGAUUUAUCAUUUUGUUUUGUUUGUUUAUACUCUUUUUUCACUCUGUUCAACCAUAUAUCUUUUAUUCUGCUUUUACAUUUCAUUCUUUUUUCAUUGUAUUUUUUAGUUUGACUAAUCGUUUGUAUAAGGUUUUAAAAUUUCCAACCAUUUUCAAAAAAUUUACUAGUAUAUUAUCAUUACCAAAAUUAAUAAACUUCAAGAGGCCAACAUCUUGUUUAACUCAUGCAUUUAAAGCUUGAAACCAAAUAUAAGUAACAUAAACAUCUUUUUAGGGAUGAUUCACAUAUUUUAUAUUGUUGUUUGCUUACAAAAAUGUAUUAAAUUAAUUAAACACUAUAAACAAAAAUAUAUAGUUAAAUAUUUAAAAUAUAAGGCCACAUUUAACUAAAAUGCUUUAAGCCACAUAAAUUUUAGGGACGGCACUGUUCAUAUCUAACUUUCCUUGGGAUAAACUUUGGUUACGUUCAUAUUCACCGGCCAUAUUUUCAAAUGAUGUAAUUAAGUAAAUUAAUUACGUAAAACAACUUCUUGAUUGGAGUUAAUAGAUACAGUAGGCAAUUAAAUCAGUUUGGAGUUAUAUGAAUGGGUAAAACAAAAUGCUUAUCUUUUGGUUAAAUUUAGAAAAAGUACACAUACAGAAUAAAAAAAGUUAGAUGUGUGAAGAUUAGAUAAAAUUAGUUAUGUAAUUGUUUGUAAAUUUCUUUCUAUACACAACCACAUUCAUCUAGAAUGGUGGGUGGGCAUUAGGCAAAUUAAUUAAUUUAAUUGUUUAUAAAAUAACAAAAAUGGAAAUUUUUGAUGCAGUCUCUUGUGAUUAUUAUUAAUAAAAUAAAUUAGAAAAAGAUGAAACCGUUUCUUUUUUGAGAAACUAUCUUAUUUUUCUUUAUUUUACUAGUUACAAAACAAAAUCUAUCAAUAUUAUAUUUGUGAAAUAUCUUUGAGUGUGUAUCUAGUAUCUACCAAUGCUAUUGCUUUUACAAGAGCAUCAUUAACCCAACACCCCAUUUGGAGUGUUUAUUUUUUUCUUUUUUUAUUCUUUUCUUUCUUUUCUCUGUUUAAAAUUUUUUUAAAAAAAAUCUACGAAUAAGCAAGAAUAAGCCACCCAACUUUUAAAAAUGAUGAGACCCACCCACCAUUUUAUUUUUAUUUUUUAAGCUCUCAUGAUUUUUUUUUUUUUUUUUAACGUCAAGAUCUCAUGGUUAACGAUGGUUUAAACCCACACAACAUUAACUUAACUAAAAAUAUUAGCGGGAGGAUGUCACAACAUUAAACUACCGUUGAUUUGACGUUUAGUGUCAGGUAACGAAUUGUAUGGAAACAUAAAAACGUGAUGGUAACGUUUCACAUUACAUACAACUAACUGAUUUAUCACUCAAUUCAUAUUUCUCAAUCAAAUUUAAACCCCUAAAAGGAUCAAACCCCUGAUAUCUUGAGUAACUCCUUGGUUAACCACGUGAAUGGACCGCUGAGUUUGGGAUAAAUUACCGAUGACAACCACGAAGCACACAUAUCAUCAACAGAUUCAACACCGCUGUUAAUCUCUUAAAGAAGAUCGACGACAAGCUUCAAUUCUUAGAUAAACAUGUUCUAAUUAAUUUUAAGGUUCAUCUAUAUGCAUAUUAAAAUGUAUACAUAAAUUGGCAUACUAUAUAUUUAUAUUUAUUACAGUAUAUAUGCACAUAGCUCUUAUAAACGUUUGCCAUCAGGGGAUGUAAAUAUUCAUAUAUAAUACUAUGAAUUAAAUAUCGACUGGCAUAUACUUAUUGUUGGAUCGAUGGUUAUAAUAUUUCACAAAAUAGCGGAACUAAUCCACAAUUCAAUAGAUUGUUUAUUGAGAUAUGCAGAGUAGCAAUUUACACGUUGCUUAGUUACAGUUCACAUGUAUUUGUACCUUUAAAAUCAUUGAGAAUUCGUUAUUUUGUUGGGAAGCUACAGAUUUAUUGUUAACCCUAAGAAACUAAAGUAAUUGACCAAUAACUCGAGAGUGUCAAAUAAAGAUAUUUACAAGCUUUUCUUUUUCUGGCAAAAGGACUUGUAGUAUGGAAAUACUGAAACUGUGUGCGCACUUAAUCUUUAAUUUGGAUAAAUUAAAGCACAUAUUAUAUUGUUUUCCAAUUAAAAGUUGGUUUUAAAAGUCUGGAAUAUUUUCAUGUAACAAUUAAAUUAAAAUGUACAAUAAUCACCAUUUUGGUCUACAUAAAAAUAUACUUUCAUAAAAAUAGAAACUAAGUGAGUAAAAACGAGAUCAUUAUUUUAAUUUCAUCAUAUUGGUCUACAUAAAAAUAUACUUUCAUAAAAAUAUAUUUCACAUUAUUAUUUAAAUUUUCUAUUUCAAAAAAUAUAUUGAUAUUAUAAUUAAAAUAAACUAUGUAAUAUAUAAUUAAAACAUUUUAUGAAAACUUACUUUAUAUAAUUAUCACCAUUUUUGUUUCAAUUUAAUAUCAUAAAAUUAUUUUAAAAGUUAUAACUGUUUAUUUAAUUGUUAUAGCAAAUAGAAUAUAACAUUUAUAAAUUCAAAUAUCACAAUAAGAAAAAAUAUAUGUGGAUCCUGCAUUUCAAACACGGGUCAAACUUUAUUCAAUUAGUUGUGAUGUUAAUGAGACUUGGCAUGGUUUGUCAAAACUAUUUUAAUAUCGUCAUAUUGAUAUCAGUUUUACUUUACAUAGUUAAAAUGUAGUAAAAGAGAAUCUUACAGCGAAAUUAAAUUAAUUCGCUUGGUUUGAGUUGAUACUCUUAGAGUCUUAGGCAGUUGAUAUCAAUUUGGCCUGCACAGCUAAUUUAUUUUCCCAUAUGCCAAAUAAAUUAACUUAACUGAGUGUCAGUAAAUAGUAAAUACUUUGAAGCUUUGUUUAUAGAUAGAAAGAUUCGGUAUGGUGAAAAAAGUAAUACGAGUGGGGUUAGGUAAAACUAGUUUAAGCAAUUUGCACUGAACUCUCUCUAUAUAAACACAUAUUCAUCCAGAGAUGACUAUAAUCAAACCCACAAAAACAUAUACCUACAGAAAAAGAGAGAAUGGCAGAGUUAGAAUUUUUAGAUCAUUUCCCGUCAAUGCUACACGGUUCUUAUUAUGGGGUUCUUGACAUAGAAUCUCCAGCAGACGAGUUCAUUCAAUAUUUUACAAGAAAGAGAGAAUGGAAGUGCUACAAUCAUGAUUCAUUCUCAUUUUCUGCUGUGGAGUUGAUGUUCCAAAUAGAGUCGACGGAUUUAGAGAAAAGAACAGUGAAGAUGAGCAUAUUUUGGAAUCACAUCUCGACCUUCUUCAAGAAGAUCGAAGCAACAGUCACCGUCACUCCUACGGUACCUAGCUGCCUGGCGUGGUCCGUCGAUUUCGAGAAGAUUAGCUAUGACAUAGUAGAUCCAAUGUGGAUCGUCAGCACUCUACUUGAAUACAUCAGGUCCACCGAUGUCUAUAAUCUUUAUGAACUAAAUCAUAAGGUCAACUUCAUUGACACUGAGUAUACGGCGGACGAAUGCUUUAAAGCUUUCAUCGGAGCAGUUAAAGAUGAUGCUGUGGUGGAGAUCGAGGCUGAAGACUGGGAUAAUAGGACAACUACGAUAAGUGUGAGGAGCUCUAAUUUGUUGUUAACUAAGUACAAGAAGCUCAAAGUAACCACCACUAUUACUCCUAAGGAAGACUAUAACAAGGGUAGCCACGUGAAAUGGACCAUCGACGCCGAGAAGAUUUCUGGUCACAUCCAAGAUCCAGACUUAUUCAUCGACACAGCUUUUUCUAUCUUUGAGGAUAUCCGGUACAAGCUUCCAAAUAAAUAUGUUAAAAGUCAAGAGCUUCAACUAGGUAUAGGACCGGCUACAUUCGCUCUCGAGAUCGAGCUUCGGAAAAAAACAUUCGAAAGGUUCAUCUACAUAUAGGAAUAUGAUCCCAUCUAUUUAUAUGUCUAUGUUCAUUGCAGUAUAUGUAUGAAUUUCUUAUAACGGUUGGUAUUUGGGGAUGUAUGGACCUCGUUAUGCUAUAUGAAUAAUAUAUCGAUUUGCA